UGUAACGCUCCUGUAUGUGGUAACUAAAGGUGACUUGUGAAACUUUUCAAAGGAAGUGCUCUACAUUUAAAAUGCAAUUGGUUUUAAGUACAAGGUGCAUGCUUCUCCAUUGCUUUAAAAAGAUGCAGAUUCAUAUGUUGUGCAGGAUUUAAAAGAUAGGCUAUGGAGGAAACACGCUAAGUUCUUUCAGUGUUCAAACAUACUGUAGCCAAGUACAGAAAAUCAGGAACAGAAAAUAUGUAGUUCCUUGUACUUCUGCUUGCUUCAAAAUAAACAAAUGAUAGAUCACUUAGUUGUAAUAGUUUUCUAAUUUUAGGCAAGUUCUUAAGCUGCAUGAAGAUUUUCCGUUGCUACCACCAUUCACUUUUGGUGGGGAGCAUUAUGUGAGUAAAUGCAAGUUUUUAUAAAAAUGUAAGGUAACGUGCGCUACACACAAAGUUUCAAGGGUGAAUUCGCAUAAAGCAAUGUAGUUAAUAAAAAACCAGAACAUCUUAGGACAGAUGCUUCUUUACGAAUGACUACAGUUCUGAAAUGUGCUUUGCUGGUUGAAAAUAAAACUGACUAUAAAAAAGAUAUGUUGAUUGGAAAACCAGAGGGACGCAGUCAUCAAGGUGUGCCUCUGAUUCAUGUGACAAGACAUGGCAAAGACCAGUCACAAUCGUUUGCUAAUCAGAUAAAAAUGGAGGGUAACCACAUUAUCAUUCAAAAACCUGGAUAUUAUUAUGUCUACGCACAAACCACCUUUAAACUGAAUAAGACAGAGCAUCAUUUGAUCAUGCAAAUACGAAAGCAAACAAAGAGUUAUAGUAAGUUUGUGGUAGUUAGUAACUCUGAUGAAAAGCUGCAGUUUGACAAGAAUGAUAAUAUCUGGACACUUUCUCAAAACACAAUACUUAAACUUGGAGAGGAAGAUCGCCUGGAAUUUAAAGUGACACCAGAAGACUACAUAUGCAAUAAUAAUAUGCCCUCGAGCUUCUAUGGAGCCUUCAAAAUUUCUGAUGAUUUCUGAUGACUUCAGAGGAAGAUAAAGUAUGGUUAUAGCUCCUCAAAAAACUCACUUUGUCUCUCUGUCUCUGCAGAUUAUAAAACUGACUAACAGUUACCAUCAGGGAAAUGUAUUCAUUUAUUUCCACUGCACCUCACAAUAUGUGAAUUGUUUUGUAUGAUUUUCAUUGUCCCUCCAAAGAAGGAAUGACAAUUGACUAGAUAGCAUGUAUUUUUGCAGCUGAUGUGAGCAGAUAUUAUAUUUUUAUUUAUUAUUAUUUUUAUGUCAUAAUGUGCACACCUUAAAUCAGACAGACUACAGUAUGACCUCAUUUCUUGUUUGGCUAAACACUUUGGUAGAAGAAAACAAGAACUUCUUAACAUCAGCAAUCACACUACCAAGAAAGCUACUUGGACUUGCGCCUUUAGGUUAACAUUUAUCUGCAGUGCAAGCGUUCUGUUUUAUCUUUACACCUGGUUAUCUUACUGAAACUGUAGAAAGGCUAAUAAUUUCUGUGCAGAUGAGACCUUUCAUUUGUGCAUGUAUAUAUCUUAAAGUAGGACAAAUUGGAAGGAAAUAUGCUCAAAAUUCUUUAAGAAUGAUUAGUGUUCUAAUUGUAUUAAUUAAAAAAUGAAAAGAGUAAUAUUAUUAAUCAAUAAUAAGAAUAGGUUAAAAUUAAUAGAUAGGCUUCCUUAUCCUUAUUUUAAAAAGAAAAAAUAUAUUACAGUAUGUUGUCUUCUAUUCAUUUAUUGUGAUUCCACCCAAAAUUACUCCACGCGUGAGAAUCAACUGCCAUUCCAUGUAAGUCGUGCAAUUUUGCUCUGAAUAAGCUUUCUUUUUGUAACAGUUCAUGCUUUUUAAAACAGCAAAAUAUCAACUUAAAUGAAUUAUGUGCUUGAAAUACAUUUGAUAGAAAAGUCAGAUCAAUUUAAAACUAAGCUUUACUUUAUGAUUAUUUGAAAUGCAGAGUAGGUGUCAGGCAAACCUGUAUCCAAUGUGCACCAUGCUGUGGGCCUGUCAUGAUUUUCCUCAUUUUAUUAACUUUUUUUCCUGCACGUGAACAUAAUAUAAAAAGCAAAUGAGCCCCAUGGUAAGAUUAGCAUCAAGCUCAAUGCAGGGGUUUAGCUAAUAUUCAACCUUAGAAAAGCAAAUUAAGUUAAUUCAGCAUUGCGUUGCAAAAAUGUCAAAAUGUGACAUACCAUACACUAAUUAAGAAAAUGUACUAACAAAAAGCAAGGAUUCUUUGAACGCUUCUAGUUAUUAAAAAGCAAACAUGUUUUAAAUAUAUUUCAGCUGGACAAUUUUUAAAUUAACAACUGAUCAACAUAGUGUUUUCAAUAUGUGGAUACAAUGUUUGAAUGGCUGCCUUUUCAAACUGUUUUAAUACUUGGAUUGCCUUUGUGUAUUGUCAGUGUAUAUACUUUGUCCAUGAUGGCAGUAGUUCAUCAACAUGAGCAGUCUGGGUAAGAGAAGCUUUGGUAAAUGAGAUCUACAACUUGAGGAUAUGGACUCAACUUAACAGAUCACUAGGACUGUUCUGCGCAUAAUCUAAUUGUUAGUUUAGAGUUUAUUCUAAGUUAAUUGCAGUAAAUGCUGCUCUGCAAUUCAUUUUAAAAAUGUUUUUACAUUGGACUGUCAACCUGCAGUAGGGAUUUAUUUUCUCCUAUCAUGAAAUUUUUUGUUCCUGCCCUAUGUUACCAAUUGGACCAAUAUUCUGCUAAUCAAAUCUUCUAUUAGUAUGAAGUCAAGAGCAUUUUAGCCAACAUUUAUGGAACUAACUAAUAGUGUUCACUUAAAUGGAUUUUGUGUUCAUGUAUGUAAUUGUUGUAAUAAUUAUAGUUUGCUAGUAUUGUUUUUUUUAUUUGUAAAUCGGGGUAAGCAAUCUGAAACUGUCUUUAGUGAAGAGCACUAUAUAAGAAUAAGCUGGAAUUGAUUGAACGUACUUAUCACCUUUCUCUGAGUUCUGAGAUUUCUUCCUUUCUAAUGAAGUGAUACCAUAAAAUGUGACCAUGUCUUUGACUUUGCCUGACAAACGUUGGACAUAUUUUUCUAUUUUUUUAAUAUUUUGCUCCAGUAAUGGGCUUCUGCUUCCAUUACGUGAGGCAGCAUGUGUUUGGGAAACCAAUAUGUAGAUGGAUGAACGCUUAACUGAGAGAUAAAAAGGAAAAUGUGAAUAUUAUCCUUGUUGUUUAAAAUAUAAAUGCUCCAAUGAACAAUUAUUAUUUAUUAUGCAUUUGUAAUUCUGCUUUGUCAUUAAUUAGUAAUAUACUGUAUGUACUACUGUUUAGGUCUCAGAUAAAAUAUAGUACCUUUGUAUACAGAAUGACAUGGUGGCACAGGUGUUUGAACCUUCAGAAUGGGGGUCCUGGUUUGAUCUUAAACUCCCUCUGACAUUCCCUUUAGUUUGAUGUCUAAAUUAAUUCUGUGAGUGACUGUCAGUUUGUGUGUGAGUGUACUCCACUCACGCAUGGCAUUCCGUCUUGCACUCCAGACAGUCAUAUCCCUUUCCGUCUGCCAUGGAUAAGCAGAUCUGAAAAAUGGAUGCAAAGGCGGUAGCCUUAAAUUUAUCUAACUUUGAUCUCUCAGGUCAAUUUACUAUUAAAGAAGCUCUGAAUAUUGUAAUAAUUUAAUGACCUUGUAUCGCUUUUACAGAAAAAGCUACAAUUCCAUUUUCAUCAUCAUGUCUUGUGACAACCAGUUCUGUACAGGUUUCAUCUUGCAGUAAUACUGUAUAUCAAUUAUAAUAUGUGAAUUACCUGUAGACAGAAGUCACAUUUCAAAAUGUCUUUACAACUGUCUUUCUGUUUAUAUGAGAUUAUGAGAUGAUGUGAUUGAAAUAUUUAAAAUUAUUAAAGGAAUUGGUACAGUGGAUCUAAGAUGUUACUUUAAAAUGAAUUCAACAAGAACAGUGUGAAACUUGUUAAGGGUACAUUUUGCACAAACUCUCUUCACACAGAGAGACAUAGACACAUGGAAUAAGUUACCAAGUUGUGUGAUAGACAGUGUGAUUUUCGGGACUUUCAAUACCGGACUUGGUGUCAUUUUGGAGAAAUGAAGUGGAUAGAAUUGGCAGGCUUUGUUGGUCUGAAUGUUCUAGUCAAAAGUUUCAAAUGUGCCUAUGUAUUAGUACACAAUAAAAUAAAUUAUAUUGGGUAUGACAAAUAAUUGUGCCUCAGAUUGUGUAGACCUGUAACAAGGAGUAUAUCCAAUGUCACCUUUGUCUUUGAGGACUGUAAUAUUACAGCCUAAAUAUCUAUUUUGUCAGUUUCAAGAUAUUCUAAAAAUGCAACUUUUGGCCGUAUUUAACAUGAUUGAAUAAUGUUUAUUUGUAACUGCCAUUUUUUUUAAACAUGUAUGUUUUCUUUUCCGUUUUGUUAUAUUCUUGAUUAACUCUUACUGUAAGCUCAAAAAAAUUAUGACACAUUCAGCAAGACUGUCCACUGCAGCAAGUUAACAAGAUGUUGUGUUAAAAACCAGAUUUGGUUUUGUAGAACAGCAUACAGUGUCAGUAAUAUAACAAUGUGUGCUUAUCAAAAAUGUAGUUAAGUUUGUAAAAAUGACCCUCAUUGUCAAUAAAUAGGACUCUGGUCCAGCAAUAAUGUUGAAAAUACAUGUAUAUGUAAUUUAAAUAUUUAAUUAACAUUGGUGUAUUUGAUUUCAUUAUUAUCCUGUAUUGUAAUUAAUUAUAUUUAUUUAAAAUAAACUAUUUAAAAUUAA